UUAGCUAGUCUGGAUAAGUUCGCCAAGGAUAGUCACAAGGGGAGACUCUCUCGUGUACCCUUCUAUUUCACAAAUCUCAAUUAGUUUAGUUUUUCCCGAUCUGCUCGGCUUAGCUUUCCUAAAUACCUCAAUCAAUAUUUUAGCUUUAAUUAAUUUCUGCUAUGGACGGGGGCUGUCAAUCUAUGAGGUGCUGUGCGCGAGUGGCAGUGUGUGUUGUCAUUAGCGUUGUAGCCGCUUUGGCAGAACCCGGAGACAGGCAGUACACCAAUGAAUGGGCGGUGGAGAUACCAGGCGGACCCGAAGCAGCCAAAACAAUCGCCCGGGAACUGGGCUACGAUCUGGUCAGACAGAUAGGGGCGCUAGAGAACCAUUAUCUGCUGAGGCACCAUAAUCAUCCCACAAGGACAAGAAGAAGUGCUGAUCACAUAACCCGCCAGCUUUCGCGGGAUGAAAGGGUGUGGUGGGCGGAGCAGCAGUAUGAGAAGCAGAGGGGGAAGAGGGCGUCGCUGGGGGCGGGCGCGGUGGACCAGCUCUUUGAUGACCCCAUGUGGUCCCAGCAGUGGUACCUGCAAGACACCCGGACGUCCCCCUCCCUCCCCAAACUGGACCUGCACGUGAUCCCCGUCUGGAAGAAGGGCAUCACGGGGAAGGGCGUGGUCAUCACGGUGCUGGACGACGGGCUUGAGUGGAACCACACGGACAUCUACCCCAACUACGACCCAGCUGCCAGUUACGACUUCAAUGACAACGACCCUGACCCCUUCCCCAGAUACGACUCGGCCAAUGAGAACAAACACGGGACUCGAUGUGCCGGGGAGAUCGCUAUGCAGGCCAACAACAACAAGUGUGGAGUUGGUGUGGCCUACAAUGCAAAGGUUGGAGGGAUCCGUAUGCUGGAUGGGACAGUGACGGACGCCAUCGAGGCCAGCUCCAUCGGCUUCAACCCCAACCACGUGGACAUCUACAGCGCCAGCUGGGGCCCCAAUGACGACGGCAAGACCGUGGAGGGCCCCGGCCGGCUGGCCCAGAAGGCCUUCGAGUACGGCAUCCAGAAGGGACGGGGCGGGAAGGGCUCCAUCUUCGUGUGGGCGUCGGGGAACGGGGGCAGGCAGGGGGACAACUGCGACUGCGACGGCUACACGGACAGCAUCUACACCAUCUCCAUCAGCAGCGCCUCCCAGCAGGGCCUGUCCCCCUGGUACGCCGAGAAGUGCUCCUCCACCCUGGCCACGGCCUACAGCAGCGGGGACUACACCGACCAGAGGAUCACCAGCGCAGAUCUGCACAAUCAGUGCACAGAGACGCACACGGGAACCUCCGCCUCCGCCCCUCUGGCUGCUGGGAUAUUCGCCCUGGCCCUGGAGCAGAACCCCGCCCUCACCUGGCGGGACCUCCAGCACCUGGUGGUGUGGAGCUCGGAGUUCGACCCGCUGGCCAAUAACCCGGGCUGGAAGCGCAACGGGGCGGGGCUCAUGGUCAACAGCCGCUUUGGGUUCGGCCUGCUCAACGCCAAGGCCCUGGUGGACCUGGCCCACCCCGAAACCUGGAGGCACGUCCCUGAGAAGAGGCUCUGCGUCGUCAAGGACGACGGCUUCCAGCCCAGAAUUAUGACAAGUGCCAGUGAGAUCACCAUAGAGAUCCCCACCAAGGCCUGUGCUGGAGAAGACAGUGCCAUCCGCUCCCUGGAGCACGUGCAGUUGGAGACCAGCAUCGAGUACACCAGGAGAGGAGACCUGCGCAUCAUCCUCACCUCUCCUUCAGGCACCAGUGCUGUCCUGCUGACGGAGCGAGAGAGGGACACGUCCUCCAGUGGCUUCCGAAACUGGGCCUUCAUGUCCGUGCACACCUGGGGGGAAGACCCCACGGGCACCUGGACCCUCACCAUCACAGACAUGUCGGACCGUGUAGAGAACGAGGGGCAGGUGGUUUCCUGGAGGUUGAUCCUGCACGGCACACAGGAGAGGCCGCAGCACAUGAAGGGGGGGAGGGUGUACGAGCCCUACAACAGCGUGCAGAACGACCGCCGCGGUGUGGGCCAGAUGGAGGAGAUGAUGGAGGAGGUCCUCACAAAGCCCCACGCAUCCCACAAGGCCAAAGCCACUGCUGGGGGCACAGGGAAGGACAGCGCCCUCCUCCAUUUCCUCAAAUCUGCCUUGCGGGACCACCCCUCGUCAGGACGAUCACACCCCAGCCACGCCCUGUUCAAGCCCUCACGCAUGUCCUACCAGGACCUCUACCAGGCCCUGGACAUGCUAAACCAGGACCGGGGCCUGGAGGAUUGGCUGUAUGCCGAUUACUGGGAGGAAUUUCACCGGAGCAAGCCACGCAGACACCAAAACAGCAGGCUAAUACAGGCUCUCACUGACAUACUCACCGAUGAACAGUACUGAGUCCAGCCACAAGGGGAGCCAGAGUGCUGAGUGCUGGUGUGGUCUGCCAUGGGGAGAAAGAAGGAAAGAAAGAAAGAAAGAAAGAAAGAAAGGGGUUGGAGGAUAACAUCAGCUCUUCCAGUGAAAUUUCUGUCAAUUAUAUCCUGUUCUGAUUGUUUUCAUUUUGUUCUGUUCUGGUCUGUCACUCUACAUUUUGAAUGUUUGUUUUUCAUGGUUGUCUAGAAUGUAUCAACAUAUUCAAGUUUUCUGUCGGGUGGGCUUAUUAACGGUUUUCUAUGAAUAAGCUACCUUCAAAAGACUCUAAAAUGCUACCUACUCUUGUCUGCUUUGGAAAAUGUAGGUCUACUGAGAAAAUCUUGACAUGGUCCUGUUUGUUACAUCAUCAUUUCUGCAGUACUACACUAUGGAGUAGACUGUUGCUAUUGUUACAGUUCUACCCCCACCCCUAAUGAUAUAUAUUUAUAGAAUAUAUCCAAUAUGUGAACUGGUUUUGCCUGUCACAUUACAGGCAGAGACAAUUUUCAGAAUUAGAUUUUUUACUGCUACUAGUUUUAUAUAUUAACAUGCAUAAUGCCGCAGAUAGUUAUUGUUCCAAGGAUUUUAUAAUUACAGCAUCAGUCGAGCUGAAUUAUUUCUCUAUGAAAGCGUCCUUUCGGUCUAUGAAUAAAGAUGGCAAGAAGUAGCCUACAGCUACAGUGAUAUUCAAUUAAAUGGGAUGUACGGUAUGUGGGAUAUCUAUGCAAUACACAUUAUAAAGUACUGUACCUGCUCAGUGGCGAAUAUAAUCUUGAAUGGUGUGACACUUUCAGCUCUAAGAUCCACGCAUCGUCGCAAGGUUACCGGCGUCUCGCAGUUUGUGGCACCAAGUUCUCAUCCAACUAUUUAUUUCAC